GGAGUGAAAAAAAAAGUGAGUGAAUGGGCUUUUUAUUUUGAAGGACCUCGCCGGAAGAUGUGUCUUAUUGCAGCCUUGUAGUGAAACGUUAAUGUAACGGACUACUUGGUCACUUGCUCUGUUACUUGGACUCAGUCAUGUCAAACAACAGCGCCGCCAACAGCAGUCUAGCCCUCGCCCAGAAGGCAGUGAAACAGCUUCGUCUGGAGGCCAGUGUCCGUCGGAUAAAGGUUUCUCAGGCUGCUGCAGAACUGAAGACUUUCUGUUUGCAAAAUGCCCACAAAGACCCUCUCCUCACCGGGGUGCCCUCCAGCGAUAACCCAUUCAGGCCUCCAAAGUCAUGUGUCCUCCUCUGAGGGCUGUGAAAGGAGUGCAGAACACUCAACAGCAGACGCCUGAUCAUUCCGAUGUGGAUUUCUGUCAUGUGCCCCACUGCCUCUGAAGAUAAAGAAGCCAAGACCACACACACACACACACACACACACACACACACACACAGAAUGAUGCUGA